GCCCUUGGCAGCAGAUCGAUCUUGAGAAACAGAAUCUGACAAAGCUACACGUUACUACUGCUGCUUUCUCGAGUGGUAAUCUGUGGCUGCACAGCGGUCGUAGGUCGAGUCUGCGGGCGAGAUUAUUUCUUCGCAGAAAUGGCAUCUGAUGUCCCAGAGCAAGUCUUUCAAGAUACAAACGUGUACACUAGGAGAACCCCUGGCCGUGGCAAUGCUACAUUCUGCAGCAAAAAUGUCAAGGCGAAAUCACAGCUCAUGUAUGUUGCAAAGCCGCUCAUAGUGGCACUGGAAACAGCUGAACUUCUUACCCACUGCUAUUUUUGCUUUCGGACUUCUGGAGAAUCUGGUUUGCCAUCUUAUUCCCUUGAACAAGCCCGAUCUUUGAAAACGUGCAGUGGUUGCAAAGUAGUCAGAUUCUGUGAUCAGAAAUGCCAGAGACAAGCCUGGUCUGCUUAUCACCGUCUGGAAUGCAAACUGUUCGCAAGGCUGCACCCACGCAUUCUCCCAACUAACGUUCGGGGCAUCGUACGCUUACUGAAACAGCAAGAGGCAGGAAAACUGGCUGAGGGUGAAUGGGUGCGGCUUCUUGCAUUAGAAGCUCACCUGGAUCAGCUUCGCAAGGAAGGAGGUGAGCGCUGGGAGGAUCUCAUGCUGAUGGCGCAAGCGACCAAGUCCUACUCCGGAUCCGAGCAGAGCCUUGAACUGAUUUUACGGUUGAUUUGCAUACUGACUGUCAAUGCCUUUACGCUUACAAGCCCAACUCUUGACCCCUUAGGCCUGGCCUUACAUCCAAGUACAGCUCUACUGAAUCAUUCCUGUGACCCAAAUGCCUUCGUACGAUUCCAGGUGUUACCGGCAUCACAGCAACCAGGCUUCGCGGAGCCCGGCGGCAUAUCGAUACAUGCGCUACGGGAUAUCUCAAAGAAUGAGGAGAUCACGCUGUCAUAUGUCGACAACACCUUGCCUCUUGAGAAUAGACGAGGAGAGCUCAUGGAAAGGUACUUCUUCAGAUGUUGGUGCAAUCUCUGCGCGAGAGGUUCCAACACCACAAGGGACAACCUCCACCAGACCAAUAGCAUGCUCUCAGAUCAAAAUGGAAGCAACCUGCUGGCCUCCAAGUCUCUUCGAGUGGGGCGCGACGCCAUAGCAUUGCUCCUGGACAUUGAGUCGCAUCCAGGAAUGGAACAAACUCGGGUUGACGAUCUCAACAGCAUCAUGGCUGACUUGGCUGGAACAGCAGUCUGGCCCCUUUAUCGUUACCCGUGGCCGCAACUUCGUCACCUCCUGCUGCUUGGGCUACUCAGCUCCAAUCGAUAUUCGGAAGCUCUGUCACAAUCAGCUAUUCUCAUGCGAGCUGUCUAUCCGGUGAUGCAUGAGCAGCAACAUCAUCCGAUUCGCAUGGCGCAGCUGUGGGUGCUGUUGAGUAUAUGCUUGUACUGCCUCGAGGCAGGAAUCCAAGGCGACGGCUCGAUUGGGGAGGCCAGCAGCAGGUUUCGCAUGCUAGGACUAUUGCACUGCGUGCUGAUUGAGAUUAUUUAUCGGGUCUCGCAUGAAGGUGCCAGAAUCAAUGGCGCCUUCGAAGACUCGAUUGACCAGGCAUAUAAAACCAUCGCAAGCGUAAGUGGUUUCUGGCCAGAAUAUCAACAAAAGAAGGGAACUGUUAUCAAGGCAACAGCUUUGUGGCUGGACAACCAGAUACGUGAUCAGCUGCGAAAGGAAGGAGUGUCACAAGAAAUCAUCGAUUUGUCGUCCCGGGGCGGAGCAACGCUGACCCCAAGCUGAUGCAUUUCGGCCCCCAAAAGUUGAAAGCGGCAAGCUGGGGGGUACUCGGCUUGUCGGCUUCUUAGCCUCGAAGAUCAACAUCCCGCCUAAGGAGGGAUCGUCACAUCGACUGACUGAUGCCUAAA